AUGCAUUCCUCACUGAAACCUUUCAUGAAGUUCAAAAGGAUUCCCUCACUCAAACCUAAAAUGCUACUCUCUCACUGAACCCACCGAACCAUUUCUCUCACUUUCCAUUCUCCUACUCACCCCUUUCCCUGUUCUGUUCCUACGCAUUUCUAGCAUUCCUUUUCUCUUCCAUUUCUUCUAUCAAAUCAAACACUAUCUAACGUCUCUCAUAUACUUUCACAUAUGCUCUUGGGUAAGAUUUUGGAGUUAGGGUUAUUGUUCUAAGAAAGGAGAAGAAUACUCAUCUCUUGAAAGUUGCUCAUUCAUACUCUUUCAGAGCUGACACUUGCCACUUCGCCCUAAUGGCUCAAGACCACAUUGUCAUCAAGAUUCCUGACGACACAGCGCCUUCCACCAGCAAGAUUGAUGAAAAUGACAGCGCAAAGACUUCUUCCACCACCAAGAAUGACGAAAUAGAGGAGAUCUCGGACGAAGACAACAAUGAAAACCAAACGGUGGUAGAAGAGUCUCCUAAGGUGGAAGAGCCUCCGAAGGUCGAAGAGUCUCCAAAGGAUCAAAUUGGUGGCCUUCGUAGAAGAAUUGGUCAGAUUGUAAAAUCAGGAAGGCUUUCAUCUCGGAAAGAUGACGACGGAGAGGAUGACCGACUUAUGGAAGAGGGUUAUCAAGAUGAGGAUAAGAAGAAACCAUAUUUUGGCGUUUGGAUUCAUGAGCUUAUCUUUUUUGUGAUUAUCGGUUUAUUUGCAACAACACUGAAGGUUCCUUUUCUUAAGGGUGUAAAAUUUUGGGAAGUCAAUCUAUGGAAAUGGGUGUUGUUGAUUCUAUUUCUCAUAUGUGGUGGAUUGAUUUCGAGAUGGAUUGUCAGAGUCGCUGUUUGCAUUGUUGAAUAUAAAGCUCCUUCAAUGAAAAAGGUUCUUCAUGUGUAUAUCAUGAGCAAAAUAGUGGAAUACUUUUUUUGGAUGGUACUUUUCUUUACAACGUGGCGAUGUCUGUUCCACGAGAGAGCUAAAAGAGAGAAAUGGACGGCAUAUAUCACCAAGAUUCUAAUUGAUUUUUUGGCGGGUGUUUUUGUGUGGUUGUUAAAAACUCUAGUGGUUAAAGUUUUAACUUCUAAUGUUUAUUCGACCACAUAUUUAGAAAGGAUCAAAGAGUCGUUGUUUGAUCAAUUUGUGAUCGAAACACUCUCAGGGCCACCUUCAGCGGAAAUCCCAAAGACUGGUGGAAGGUUGAGUAAUGGAAUUGGAAUGGACCAAUUGAAAAAGAUGGAUUCAAAUAAUGUAUCUGCUUGGAAGAUGAAGAAGUUAAUUAAUUUGGUUUGUGAGGAAAAACUUACUAUGAUGGGUGAGCAUGCUAGACACAUCGAAAGUGAAGAUGGUGCUAACACAGUUGCUCAGAAAAUCUAUGAGAAUCUUGAUAGGCGCGACGACAGCUUUAUCUACCAUGAAGAUGUGUUGAAACAAUACAAAGUUUUAAACAGAAAAAAUCUCUUUGAAGGAGCCAUUGAUUCUGGAAAAAUCAGCAAAUCUGCCUUGGAGAAAUGGGUGAUGAAUGCCUUUAGGGAGAGGAGAACACUUGCUUCAGCAUUGGGUAACACCAAAACGGUAGUGAAAAAAGUGAAUCGAAUGCUGAAUAUAAAGCUAAAGUGCGGAAAAAGGAAGAAAAAUGACAAAGAGAGUGAUUAA